AUGAAAGGGGAUGAGGUAUCGAAGCGAGAAGAACGAGAUUCAAAUGCUUUUUCAAACUGCCGUCAGAGGAGCCUCGUCGCUUCUGAUGCAACCAUGUCUCGACAGUUUUUUCUCUUCUUGAUAUUCCUAGCUUUUAUCAAAAAUGUCAAAGCGAGAGCUCCAUUCGUGCGCGACCGUCCCAGAGGGUUGGGUCUUCUCCAACUUCCUACCGGAAUGACUGACGAACGUUCUGGACCAUUUUUCCCUGGAUUGUACAUUGCUGGAGACAAAGCUGGACAGAAACCACAGACAGUCCCCGAUGUGCAUCUUCCUGGACAAGCAGCGUCUUUCACUGGAAGAUCCGCUUUCAACCCGUUCACUCACAUGCUUUCCGCCGUCUACACUGAAGAUCUUGUCGACGCCUGGGGUGCUGGAUUCGCUGUCAACGGAGUAAACAAUCAUGGAUUGAAUGUACGAAAGAAUUUCGACGCGUUUGCGGAUGCUCCGUUGAGCGCCAGUGACGGAAUGUAUCAGCCGUUUUUGACGGCGGCUUCUGUCGGUGCUGAAUAUGAUUUCUCAAAGAUUCGGGAAGUGUCUGGAAACUUCAAUUUGCCAGUUCCUGGUUUAAAUGAAUUGUUUGACUUUGACGGCAGAUUCAUGGUCAAGGGAGGAGGUAACGGUAUCUUGAACAGUGCUAUGGAAUUCCCAUUGACUUUAACUGAUCCCAACGAACGUGCUCCAUACACAUUCAAAUAUCUCAAUUUCAUGGCGGAUCGUCACAUGCAUUACGGCCAUGUGGUACCCAAUGUCAAUCUGUUUGUGGUUGGAAAAGAUAAGAUUAUGGAGAGACUCAUGCAGAAUAGAGUCAAUCCUACAAUGAUUGGUUAG